AGGUUUUAGGUUUCCAGUUUCCAGUUCGAUAUGACAUAUACCUAUGCUGUCAUUUGUUCCAACUGUCCCAAGGCGAUCAAAGCAAAUAAGUAUCUCUAUUUUCGAAGGGAGUAGAGGUGAAAGAAAAUAAACUAGGUUGUGACUUGUAAACGAGAGAGAAUUUAUAUUAAACAAUCACGUAGUGAUAUAUCUCUGUUUGAAUGGAUGAUGGAUGAUACGUGUAAAGUUAAAGCAGUGUUUAGAUAUUGCAUUGGUAGUUGUUUUUUGCUGUAAAAGAGAUUUACUUUUGCACACAUGUGCUCACUGCUCAUACACGUAUGUAUGUGUGCAUAUGUAAAAUGUAAAUAAGAAACCGUAAUUAAUGAAUAUUUGUUUCUUCGAGAGACAGGCAGCAUGGAAGAAAAACAAGUUCUUAUUCACCGAGAAAUGACUAUGUAGUGUAUGUACAGACCGCACAUCACACAUCGCACAUCGCCUCAUCUCAUGACACCACAUGACAAUGUAUGCAGAAUGCUGAUGCCAUGUAUGUGCGGUUCCUCCAGGUUCCUUAGAUUCGUCAGGUUAGCGGGUUUAGCACCGGCUCGCCCGGUUAUCGCCUCGGUGGCGUUUAGCGUUUAGCGCGUGAUCGUGGAUGUCGCCACUGCUCGAUGUACAUACAUACAAUACAUACCGCGGAGCGGAGAGCGGAGAGCGGACGCAAACGGCGCGGACCGCGGACGCGGACGUGCCACGAGACGAGAGUCUACCGUCGACCGUCGACCGUCGACCAUCAAUGUGCAUCGUGCAGUACGUGCUGACUGCUGUGCACUGUGCAGUUGUGUGCGGUUGAACCGGAUUGAUCGAAUGCAGGCAGGGAAUGGUCAACGGUGGAUCCGCCGCGUCGCCGUGGUGCUGGUGAGUCGCAUCGCGAUCCAGUCGAAAUAGGUCGACUGGCGACUGGGCCGAUUGGGUGUCGUGUGAACGAUGGAACUCCGCCGACGUUUCCGUGGCGCGUGAGCGUCACGCCCGAAGCUCGAGAGAGAAGCCUCCCCAUCCCCAUCUCUUCUAUCGUCCACCCUUCACCUUCCUCCCUCGUCGUGUGUGUUUUUGUGCGAUGUGAAGUGUGAGGGCGAGCCAUAAAAAGGAAAAGAGAUCUUACGAAAGCGCGCUACGGAGUACGGAGUACCGGAGUACGGGGAGCGCUGAGCGCUGAGCGCUACGAGAGCGCAGUCUCGACGGCUCGACGCACGACGUGCCUCGACGUAUCGUCAGACGUCAGAUCGUCACACGAUUGUAUGUACAUACGCAGCGUGACGCAGCCCUUCAUAUAUGCAAAUAAUGACGAACUGAUGAGCUACUGCGAAACUGAAAGCAAACGAUCAAGACGAUGGAUCAGAUCGGCAAGAAGCAAGCGGCCAACUCACCGGAGGUGGCGUUGGCCAGCGAGAUUUUCGACCAGUUUUGCAACGCCGCUACGUUGAAAUCUAUUCUUAGCUACUACAGACAACUGUGCGAAUUGCUGAAAAUCCGACCGAACGCCAUUAAUCAGUUUUAUCCAAAGUUGAAAACAAAACUGCGAUCGUGGAAGGCGCAAGCUCUAUGGAAGAAAUUCGAUCAGCGAGCAAAUCACAAGUGUUAUAAUCGUGGCAAAGUAUGCCCGAACACGAGGGUUUUGAUUAUCGGCGGUGGCCCAUGUGGUCUGCGCACAGCUAUAGAAGCGCAAUUAUUGGGAGCCAAAGUCGUUGUGGUGGAGAAAAGAGACCGAAUGUCCCGGAACAAUGUUUUACAUCUAUGGCCUUUCGUCAUUCAGGAUCUACGUGGCUUAGGAGCGAAGAAAUUUUUCGGCAAGUUUUGCGCCGGUUCUAUAGAUCACAUCAGCAUUCGACAGCUGCAGUGUAUUUUGCUAAAGGUUGCUCUGAUUCUUGGUGUCGAGUUCCACGAGAAUGUAAGCUUCGAUUCUUUGAUUCAACCACCGGAUAACCAGGAAGAUGGCAAGAUCGGUUGGAGAGCGAAGACUUCACCAGCUGAUCAUCCUGUCUCCCAAUACGAAUUCGAUGUGCUAAUUGGAGCUGAUGGCAAGAGAAAUACCUUGGAAGGUUUCAAACGAAAGGAAUUUCGAGGAAAACUAGCCAUCGCAAUCACGGCAAAUUUUAUAAACAAACGGACCGAGGCAGAGGCUCGUGUAGAAGAGAUCAGCGGUGUCGCCUUUAUCUUUAAUCAAAAGUUCUUCAAAGAAUUGUACCAAGAAACGGGUAUCGACUUGGAAAAUAUCGUGUAUUAUAAAGAUGAUACGCAUUAUUUCGUUAUGACUGCCAAGAAACAUAGUUUAAUCGACAAGGGAGUUAUUCUGCGGGAUCAUGCUGACACUGCAAAACUACUCGCAAAAGAAAAUGUGGAUCGUGAAGCGUUGAUGUUAUACGCGCGAGAAGCGGCAGAAUUUUCGACGGAAUAUCAAAUGAUGGAUAUGGAAUUUGCGGUAAAUCAUUAUGGUCAACCGGACGUAGCCAUGUUCGACUUUACUUCGAUGUACGCGGCAGAAAAUGCAAGUCGCGUAUUGGAGCGUCACGGUCAUAGACUGCUCAUGAUCCUCGUAGGCGAUAGCCUUUUGGAGCCAUUUUGGCCUACCGGCUCUGGUUGCGCAAGAGGAUUCUUGAGCUCUCUGGAUGCGGGCUGGGCAAUCAAAGGUUGGGGUGCUUCGUUGUUACCGUUGGAAGUAAUUGCAGAGCGUGAAUCCAUAUACAGACUGUUGGGACAGACGACACCAGAGAACUUGAAUAGAGAUUACGCCGCAUAUACCUUGGAUCCUCACACUAGGUAUCCGAAUCUUAAUGUACGUUCUGUAACUCCGAUACAAGUGCGUAGUCUUCUUGACACGGAUGAUCCUGAAAGCAUCAAACAACCUGCGAUACAGUCUGAAAUUGAUAUUCCAAAGAAACGAAAACGUCGCGAUCUGAGAGCUGACACUCAAGUUCAUCCAGACACGUUGCUUCGCUGGCUACAAAAGCAAGUUGCAUUGUACGAUAAAGUUCACAUCGAAGAUAUGGGUGCCUCUUUUAAAGAUGGUUUAGCUAUUUGUGCAAUUGUUCAUAGAUACCGUCCAGAUUUAAUUGAUUUUUAUAGCUUAAACGCGAAAGAUGCAGUAAAGAACAAUCAACUCGCCUUUGAUACAUUGGAUAAGGAAUUGAACAUACCACCGAUAAUGACAGGAGAAGAAAUGGUUCAAUGCGAUGUUCCUGAUACACUUGCCAUGUUUUCUUACUUAACGCAAAUAUAUGAAGUUUUUAGAGGCGAGAUUCCAUACAUCAAACAUCCGAAAUUAGAACCAGAAGCGGAGGAAUGCACCGCGCAUCCAAAGCAACUGAAACAAUGGACAUCUGAGGAAAAGACUACGAAAGCACGGCACUCACGCUCACGGCAUGCUAAUGAAAAUGUGCACUCUUACGUGGACAAAAAGGAUAAUACGGUUGGCCGGCGUUCUCGAAAGAGGCGAAGUACCGAGAAAGUGGGCGCUACGAUGGAUGAAAGGCAGAAAAAACUCGAUGAGAUCGAGAAGCAUCGAACCGAGCGCAUGAAGAAGCGGCAAUAUUUGCGCAAGAUGGCAACCGAGCAGUUCUACAAAAGUAUGCAGAUGCUGCAAGCCAAUGCAAAACGCGAGAAAGAUGAGCCCUUUGAGGAUUACUCGAUUUUUUUAUACCGUCAAACUGCACCAGAUUUCAAGGAUAGAGUAAAAGACUUAGAGCAGAAAAUACUUUAUCCAGACAGACAACCUAAAGUACGCAUUGGUCACCGAAGAGGUAGCGUAGACGAGGAGUUUUCGGGAAGGAUAAAAGAUUUUGAAGAUAAGCUGAAAGGGACAACAUCUUCCGAGAAGAAACCUAGAGAUCUUUUACGUGCUAUCGGUAAAAUCGAGAAAACUGAUUGGAACGUGAAAGAAAUCGAAAAGAAGAUUGAAGAGAACAAAAUGGGCCGCGGCGUUCGUCACGAACGUGUAGAGAAAGUGCCGAAGUGGAGUCGCGAGCAGAUGUGUAUAUGUUUCAUUCAGUUUUUAGCUCGGCAGAUCAAGAUGGAGAAGCGAGGCAACGAUCAAAGAGAUACCUACAGUAAGUACGCUGACAUAGACAAUACCCUGAAGAAUAUAGGCAAGAAGAUCCGGGAAGGUAGCGCGCUCGGGUACAAUAAAGUUUCAGCCAUGGCUGAACAAUUUUCGAAUAAAAAUCAGGAUGUGGAACCCAAGCUGCAGAAAUCGAACACUAAGCCUGCUGUCGUACUACCUGUGCAAGGGGGUUCAGAGAUGUGCCAUUUUUGCAAUAAAAGAGUUUAUCUUAUGGAAAGACUUAGUGCGGAAGGCAAAUUUUUUCACCGCGGCUGCUUUCGAUGUGAAUAUUGUUCCAUCUCGUUAAGAAUAGGAAAUCAUACAUUUGAUCGCGAGAAAAACGGAGGACGUUUUUACUGCACGCAACACUUUGGACUAUCGGGAACGAUGAAAACUAGAGUAGAAAAAAAGAAGAUCAGCUUGGUGAAUAAAGAAAAUGUAUCUAAUGCCGUGGCUACGUUAAAAACACCAGAAAAGGCCAAGACAUCCUUAGAAGGCAUUGUCGGACUCGAUUUACUCGAUCGUGGUCAAACUCCGGAAAGAAUUGAAUUUGAAAAUCUGGCAGAAAUAUCAGAUCCUGAGGAAGCUCACAGUCAAAUGGAUGAAGAUGAAUGGACAGAUAGAAAUUUUGGUGCUUCUACCGCAGAAAUGGGAUCCAGUGAUGAUAUUUCGGAUAUGAGUGAUUCUGAUGAGGAUAAUGAAGUAUUUGAGGAAGCUAUAGAUCAACCACUAACGACUGAAGGAACUCUCGAGUUAGCCAAGAAUUGGACAUUGCGUUAUUCGCAUCCGCAUGCUACAAUCGGACAAUCUGAUACUGGCAGCAAUGAAUAUGAAGAUUCUAGCGACGAAUAUACUAGUGAAGACGAUGAAAGUGGCACUGCGACUGAAGACGAAGAAGACGUACGCGCACGAGAGCUCCGGAAGCAGGAAGUGUGGUUGAAGGUGCCACCGCGCAGCUCUGAUACCGAUACCGGUUCGGAAACAGAGGUUGUCUCGUCGGAAGAAGCGUCGACUGAGGAGAGCGUGGAAAAUUCCGCGACCGAAAUUUCGACCGACUCCGAAUUUGAGCACGAUGAAGCGACUCCGACACAGCACGAGAUUCCCGAGAUUACCAUCAACGAUUCCUACGUGCGGAAAACGAGAGGCGCUUAUGUUGAGCCGAAGAAAGUGCAGGUGAAGAGUAAGAUGAUCUCUUCGAUCAAUGGCAACCUGACGCAAGACAAAAGACAGCAAGAUAUUAGCGAGCAGUUUUUGGGAGACCGUACUAAGAAUCUUGAAUCGAACAAAGAAGUAAAUUGCAACGUGCCGGCUUCUGUCGACACAAAUAACUGUACACCAUUGUUGAAUCCACGAAAGGGAGAUUAUCUUCUGAAUCGCACUCACUCCACCGGCGGAAUCGCUUCGAGACUCUCCUUAGAAUUAAAAAAACGUUAUUUGUUAGGCGGAUCAGCGUUGGGUGGUUCCGUCAUAAAAUCAGGUUCGGCGUCUAAUGUGGACACGAAAUUGAGAAACUUUACUGAUGCAAUCUCUCAGCAUCAAAAGUUAUUAAACCCAGCACCGGAGCCUAGUCCUACCAUGCAAGCAUUUCUUCAAGGUACUAGUAAACUGCGAACCAACAAUGCACCGCUUUCUCCACUGUCGCCUACAGUUUUAUUUUCGCGACAGUUAUCAACCGAUCACUGCCGAAAUUCGUUAAACGAUGUCGCGAAGCCGACCACCUUGAUAGAAACAUCUAAAGCACAGCAAUUACCUGAUUUAGUGAAAGAAUCCAGUAUUUUGAAGUCGAAGACAGCACCCAACAUCUGCAAUGAGUCUUCAGUGAAAGACGGGAAGUUAAUCGACGAACAAGUAUUUCUACAGGAAACUAAUAACUUGACGAAGAAGGCCUCUACUGCCUUUACUGUAGAGGAUGUAAAAAGCUCGCAAAAUACAGAGAAAGUUCUCUCGAACAAUGCGGAGGAAGGUAACGGUUUUAGACCGCGUAGUCCUCUCCACGAGACAUCCAUUGUCGUGCCGCAAGUAGACUGGAGCAGGAAGAACGAAGACAAGGAUGCCAGUUCGGGUGAUUCUGAGAUGGACAGCGAUUCAUUAUCCUCUUCCGACUCUAACAAAGCAGUUGAGAAGCAACUUGCCGUAAAUCUUUCGCCGCCCAGAUUACGGAUUCAUAGCACCGAUGGUGAUCUUUUACUGGAUGAGGGAACUGAUCGAUACACGAAGCUUUACGAUCCUGAUGAUGGCCAGACUUUCGAGCCGGAUUCUAUCGAAGUCUCCUUUCUGCGGGACCGCCGAUUACUCGAUCCAAUUGACAAUACUGUUGAAAUGGUGAAUAAUAAUAUGGAACGAUUAGAUUUGCGGGAUGACAAUAGAAAGAGCAACUGCAGCAGCCCUACUUCCGAAGCUUCGGCAAUGUCUAACAAACAAGAUGAUUCCGAGGAGAACGAUGUUACUACCGCAGCAUUCACUGAGACAGAGUUUUCCGAAUGGGCCCGCGAUGGAGAGGCUUUGGUUUCUGACGACCUUCGUGACGUAGAACUCGAUAUUAAUCCUAAUUUCAUCACUGUACGAAGGAAUAAUGCAAAGUUAUCCUGUACACCCGCCAAAAUUGCUAAAGAAGAGGAUACGGAACUCGACUAUUCCAAGAUCGAUCGGUUAAUCGAUCACGAGUACCCGAACAAUAACACGUCAAAACUCUUAGUCAAUGGCGAAGAUAUUAAUUACAUGGAUACAGACAAUGAGUCGCUGCUGGAUGACAGCCUUCAAGAUGCUUCCAAUAUCGCGAUGCUGAAAAAUCGAGGUUACAUCGAAUUUGUUAAUAUCAAGACGACUCUUUCCAACAUUCCUACUUCAACUAACAUGUGCGAUCUACGAGUCGCUGAUGCGCCAAUAGCGAGGCUCGAUCUGGAAAACGAUUCGUACGGUGAAGAAGAAGAGGAAGAAGGCUUCAAGGACGCCAAUGUGAUCGAAAUUGAUCCAGUUACCAUGGAGGAUGUAAUGGGCAAAUUAAACGAGCCUAAUGUGAGUAAAUCGUCAAUGAAAUCGGAUAUUCCGGUGAAAGAUCUGAAUGAGGGGGAAUUUAAGGAGAACGCGAAGCGGGAACAAUUGGCAGAAGCUUUUAACAAAGAAUUACUUCAAUCGAUGGAGGAAGAUAGCUUGUUACUUGUAGAGCCAGCGGAAGAUACGACCACCAGCGAAGUCGUCACAGUACUUGCGAGUCCGAUCAAUCCUCAGGUGUCUAUAAUUCCUGUAGAAACGACGGAGAAGCGCGAGGAGCCAGCCAAAGCGGACUCCAGCAAUCCGGACUAUCUGGAAUACGUAAAGAGAUUGCAAUCUAGGAUCGCAGAGUUUAGCAACGCCAAGGAUUCUAUUGACGUAAGAAAAUCAAGGCGAAAAAACUCAAAAAGCUUGGCGCAGAUCCGUACCGCAGAAAUGAUCGCUGAAGAGAUUAAGUGCCAGGAAACGAUGAACGUAACGGUAGACAGUAAUGGUGUCAAUUCACCGGCAACCUCAAGAAAACUUGAAGAGAUUACAAGAGAACGGUCGAAACAAAAGAACCUUAUUCAGGAUCUUCUAAUGGAUAAACUUGAGGCUCACAAACAGAAGUCAGCCGAGAAAAAGGCCCGAAGAGCUGCCAGAGCCUCAUCUUUUACCACAGCGGUGUCACCGAUAAAACCGUCAUUAUCAAAUUCUUCUUCCGUCGGUAAUAAGUUUGUGCCUACUUCUAUAAUAUCACCAGUGAGCAGUCCGACUCACACAAUCUUCGGGGAGGCGAACAAGUCGUUGAAUCUUUCGAUGUUUUCGUGUCCUCGUGAGCAAACCGAUCAAGAAGAAGCCAAAGAAAAAAUCCCAAAGAAGGCAGACGAAGAGUCGAUUACUGCUAGUCUAGAGAAUUCUUUUAAAACGCCACUUGCACCACCAAGAUUGAAGAGCGAGGAAGCUAGAAGGACCGCCGAAAAGGCUAGACAAGAUGCACGAGAACGGGCUAGAAUGAAGAGCGACGAAGACUUAGGCUUAAGUCCUGAAGACAGAAUCAAAGAAUUGAGAAUGAAGGUGACUCGGAGACAACUCUCGAUGGACGAUACGAAAAAGGACGAUACGCCGAAGACUGAAAGAGUUAAAUCGUACAACUUUAGCACGAUAGAUAAUUCGGAGCCAAAAUUACAAAUCAGCAAAAGCACCGAUAAUAUGAAGAACAUCGCAAAGAAGAUCAAUUUCCAGAAGCUACCAGCGGCUGGCGCGAAAUCGAUGGAUGAGUUGCUGAAUACCGCAGGUCUGUCACUUUCGGAUAACAAUAGUAUGGCAACAAAACGGGAUAAGAAGAAACAAAAAGACUCGGAGAGACGAAAGAGUAUUAUACAGGCGGUGUCAGACUUCUUCUUCAAGAAAGAAACAAGUCCAUCGCCAAAUCAGAAGGACAAGUUAUCAAUGUUCCGACUGACUUCGAAAUCAAAAGGAAAAAUUGAUAAAACUGUUUCAUCAAAAUGCGACACAAGACCUAAAAGUGUAUGCGAGGAUAUGCUCGUAGGAAAUUUUCUAAGGGAAAAUCCCCCGCCUGUACCGCCGCCACCGCUUAACUAUUCUGCGUAUGCCACUCAAGUAUCAGAUGACAGUUUAUCAGAUGACGAUACCAAAACAGCUGCUUUAUCAGGAUCGUGUAUGCAGAAAGUUACGGCAAAUGAAGAAUCGUGCAAUAGUGUUUCGCGUAAAUUGAAGACUGCUAAAAAAGUAGCCAGACAAGCACAGUUAAAGAGAUUGCGGAUGGCUCAAGAAAUACAAAGAAAAUUAGAGGAAACUGAAGUAAAACAAAAGGAAUUGGAAAGCCGGGGCGUAAGUGUCGAGAAAGCGCUACGUGGUGAAGGAGAUUCCUCCAAUCGUGAAGAAGCUGAUUUGCUUAGAGAAUGGUUUGAUCUUAUGAAGGAACGUACGGAACUGCGUAGAUAUGAAAAGGAACUACUAGUGCGUGCACAAGAGGUUCAGUUGGAAGAUCGUCAUGAACGAUUGCAACAAGAAUUGCGUGAACGCUUGGCUGACGAUGGUAUUUUCAAUUUUCUAACUUAUUAA